CGCGCUGCGGCUAACUUCUAUCCCGUCCCUCACCUCAGUCACCUCUUGGAACUCAACCACCUCCAAAUGUCUCAGAUCUCGAUUUUUUUUCUGGAAUUGAGAUCUUAACCAUAGGCUGGAACUUAAUCUGUACGUUCUUCUUUUCCAUUCAUUGUAUCGACUUGGUGAAUCCUCGAUCUUAGCCUUGCGAUCUCGUUAUGCAAGUUCUCUCGACUGUCAUUUCUCGACGUGGGUUAUCUCGGUUGGCUAUAGGUUCGCGGGCUGCGGCAGCAAGUAUCAGUAAUUCAGCGACCUUGAGAUUGGUUAGCACAUCUCUAGAAGGCACUGCCGUGACUCGUCCUGCUCCUGGCUCUACGUUACACCAGAUUCGCGCCAUGUCUUCACCAGCGCAGAAUGAGCUGCGGUUCAGUAAGUAGUACUAUGAUUUGAUAUGGGCCACAUACAAGGAAGAGAGAUGCUGACUUGCGGCGGUCAGAGAACCCAAGGAUCUUCGUUUGCGAUAUUCAAGAAAAGUUUCGCCAUGUCAUUCACGAAUUCGAUAGCAUGUAUGGCGACCUAAGUUCAUUUGACGCCACUCAGCUAAUCAACCUCAGCGUCCUCACCACCCAAAAGCUCCUCAAAUUCGCAAACACUCUCUCCGUUCCCGUCGUAACCACGACCCAAACCUCAGCCAAGCUUGGUCCCACGGUUUCAGCUCUCGCGCAGCUCCUCCCCUCGUCACCACACGACAAGACACGUUUCUCCAUGUCCAUCCCCUCCAUCACCGUCGAUCUACCUCAGGGCUCCGAAAUCGCUCUUGUUGGUAUUGAGUCGCAUAUUUGCAUUACCCAGACAGCGCUCGAUUUGCGCGACGCAGGGCAUAAGGUAUAUGUCAUUGCUGAUGGAGUGUCGAGCUGUAAUCCCCGCGAAGUCGACAUUGCCCUCGAUCGAUUGCGCGCUGAGCCCGGAAUCACGGUCACGUCGAGCGAGAGCUGGAUGUAUGAAUGUGUGGGAGAUUCGCAACAUCCUGCUUUCAAGGGACUGAUUGGUGUUGUCAAGGAGUCAAUUGCAGACACCAGAAAGGUUUGGCAAGCCUUGCCUCCUGGAUCCAAGAUCUAGGCGCAGUGACAUACUUAUUUAAUGAUAGAUUAGACAUACAUUUGCAUAGUACAAACAUCAUUGCUGUCAAUUUCUCUUCUUUGCUUUUCUAGCAAAGCAUCGAAUCGCCUUUGCCUCUAUUUGUUUUCUUAUUUUCUGUUUUGUUUCGUUUUAUUACAUCAAGUCGCAAUCGUUAUUAUCAAUCCUGUUUAUGAAACCCGGAUGGGUCAUUGCGAUUCUGCAAUUCUUCGAGUCUGCCCAUUCAUGGUCUCCAUAGACUAGAGAAUGAACUUCAAGGGACCUGAAAGUCUACAAAGCUGAUAAAGAAAGGGAUGACUACUGGCAAGCCAUCCAAACCCAUUACUCUGAGCCCGCGGUUGUUUUGGGUUUGGACGUUGGUGUCAUCCAUGAGAACGCUGAAGCAACUCCGACAGGGUUGGCAGACCUAGGCAGGGAAUUGUUGCUAUUGGCGUUGGCGUUGGCGUUGGCGCUGCGACCAUCACGACUUGGAGGUGGAAGCGACUGUGGCUGCGAUUGCGCUUUGUGUUCGCUGCUCAUACUCACCGCUCGCUUAGCCUCCCAUCUAUUGGCAGGAGUGCCACCGUUCUCCCCAACGCUAACUUGACUCUUGCGUCGACCGUCUCCCGGGCCUUUGGACGAAGAGGCAUCAUAAGAAGAAACUGUCCUUGAGGCCGACUUCUGGGGCUUCAGAACUUUCAUGUUGCGGCCUCGACCGGCAGGUUGAUAUCCACUCAAUGAACCAUCUCUAUGCGGGCCGUCCACUCCAUUCCCUGAUCCAUGGCGCCAUGAUCCCCAAAUGCCUGAAAGGGGUUCUCGCCUGGAAGUCUCGGAGGCAGAAUGCUCAGCAGCACGCUCCUUAGGACCUAACUGAUCUCCGUUGGUGAGUCCACGAGACCUUCUCUCACUCUCCACACCAGACACACUGCCUCUGGAGCUGGGUCGCUUAUCAGGAACCACCUCAGUUGCCAUCGGCGACAUUUCGCUUCGAGACUCAUAAUCCGGCUGAGGAGCCUCCAUGUCAGGGAUACUCUCCUGGCUAGCCUGGCUGAAAUCCCCAGAGACGAAAGGAGCAGCGUUUGCAUUCAACUUGGGCUUCUCCGGGACCAUGUUGAUGGUGCAAAUAUUCCGAAACACGUUUUCAUCCUCUGGUCGGACAAAGGGGACCUGAAGUCGCUCUCGCUCGUCGCCACGAAGGGUCAUGGUAUUCUGGGAAAAUAGAAUAUCUGCGGAAUGAGCUCGGAGAGCGUCGCUGCCCAAGUAGAUUCGAAUGGCUUUGCGAUCUACGGCCUGAAUAGGCUGCUCUGUCACUCCAUGGACCUCGAAAAAGACAGUGAUUGAAGGGACAGGCCCAUGAGGACUACUAGAGCGACUGCCAUGAUGUGUCACCACGGCCUCUGCAAAGUAGACAUUCAACCUAACGCGAUAUGCACCGUCAACCUCGCGAUGGAUCUGAUCUACAAGAUCCAACUCUCUGAGUAGAGAAUACUCAACCAUGGACUUUUGCGAGCCACUGCAAACGUCGGCGUAGAGGAGUGUUGAGUGGCCAAAGUUAGGGGUUAACCAACAUCGAACGAUCGAAGGAACUGUGCCGAGGACGUAAAACGCCGCAGGGGGGCCAGGAAUGUCGAACGAAUCAUCAUCGUCGUCGCCAACAGCAAAGUUGUUAUCAAGGCCUAAGCUGCUAGCCCGACCAGAAGCAAUCGAGUGGUGAGAGUGAACUGAAUGUCCAGCAGAACUAUGUCGUCCAUCCGACUUGUGAGAUAAUGAGCGCUCCAUCAAAAGGCCACUUCCAGGACGAACAGGACCAAAAUCUCCCGAGUGACGAUUACUUGGGCCUCCCCAACUGGAUCCGUGCAGGGCGCUUUCGUCGAAUCGAACACUAUUAGCCCGCGAAGCAGCGCCUCGGCGAACCGGCUCCUCCUCUGCUGGUCCAAGAUGAAGAGAUCCUAGAAGCUCCUCGCCUUGCUCAUCCAAGUCAUCAAACAUGUCAUUGUGUGGGAUGGAAACAGGUCCUAGAAUUUGUAAGGAAAUGAUCAAAAUGUCAACAGGCAGAGAACUCACCUGUUUGAGGUGUGCCACUCAAGACACCUGGAAAGGGAGAGUUCCAGACAGACUUCAACGCGGCAUCAUCCGCCUGUUUCUUUUCCAAUCGAAGAAGCCGUUCAGCAUGAUUGCUCUGAGUAUAUUGUACUUGCUUCACUUCCAUCUGCAGACUGUACAGAUCUUCGCGAGAAACUGGAAAUCUGGGAUCCAUCCCCAGAGCAGGUCUGAUUAGACAACAAGGCGCCAAUUCUAAGGGUAGAGAAAGCCGAUUGACUGCAGUUCGCGGGCAGGUGGCUCGACUAACAAGGAUAGGGAGAGGGCAAUCGAGAGACGAGGGGGGGGUUGGAGGCGUUAGUAGGGAAGCGCAGAACAGACAAUGGCUUUAAUCGUACAGCAUGAGCUUUGAUCCAGCACAACUUUGUCGACAAUAAAAACAAUUGGUACUUCCGACCUCGAUCCCCAGUUAAGAUUUAGUUCACGAGGUCCUCCCUCCCCGCCGCAUCGCCUAGUGUAGACCACAGGGCCUUCGACAAGCAGAGUGCGAUCUCGAGAAUCGCCUGGUCGUGGUGAGUAGUGGUCUCAAAUAGAGCGACUGGCAAGUAGCUUGGCGUAUGUUUGGUAAUAAAGGAUCGAUUGAAAAGGCGCCAGCUCGAGAGUGUGCGACUUAGAAUCGUGAUAGUUGUGGACGUGACGAUCGGCAAGGCGUGCUCGUUUAUUGGCGAGUGUUGCGAGGCAAGCUACUGAUGGAAGAAAUUGUCGUAUUUGAAGAGGUCUAAGAAUAUAGGCGUCACAGUUGAUAGGAGAUGGAAAGUAGAGAGAUUGGCCAGAUUUGACGUAGGCCGGUCCUGAUAUGAACGAUAGGGGUCGGAGUUAGGUGUAAAUGGAUGGCGUAAAGCGGGCAAGAGGUUGAAAGCAGCUGGGAUCGUGGGGGGCUUUUACGGAGGGGUAACGGUCGAUAUCGUGUGCUCGUAAGUUUGGGGGGAAUCUUGGAGGCGUAUUCGAGGUCGUAGAGGUACGUCAGGAGUUGGAAACAGGGCAAUCAUCAAAGUGUGAAGUCCGAAAUGAUGUUCAGAUGGAACUGGUGUGGAUUGAAUUCGAG